GACGCUAAGUAAAAAAAAAACACAAGAGAGUUUGUAACGAUUGGCGAUCGAUCCUCUUCUGAUGGAAGACCACUGCAUGGAAUCACAGUGAAAUCUUCCUUCCGUUGGCGCGUGCGUUGGGAGUAGUUUUUUUCGUGAGAGGUUCGAAUUCCAUCACUUGUUAUUCCCUAAGAGUCCGCGAACACUUGGGCAGACAACUUGUAAUGUACUUACAACUUGAACUUUAGUGCCCUACGAUCGAGGAACUCAGCUCUACAGACGAAAAAUAACUUUGAUUUUCGUAAUCUCGUCGGGAUAUCAACGACUUGUUGGCUUUUCGGUGAAAGUAACUGCAAAAGUCAACGUUUUGUUUAACUUUGACUCUCCCUAGCGACAACAUUUUGUUACAAAUUGCGGAGGAAUCUGAUUUGUGUGUACUCAUCCUAUUUACGGCUCGUGUUCUUCUCGGUGAGCUACACAGUAAUAUGCGAAAUCGGCUUUUCGAAUAAUUGAGAGAACUGUCGAAACUACUUCUAAAUUGUGGUCGACAGGAUAUUAAAAACAUUCAGUUAUCGCGGCAGGGAUUCCGCAGUUGUUAACAUUCGUCUUUAAUUAUUAAAUUUGUUUGCUUGGAAGGUCUAGUUUACUUAGCGACUUGAGGACUUGACCAUUUAGUUGCCAAGACACCAACGAGGAAAGAUGACUACUCGGGGUUCGCCGAUUCUUGUGCCUCGUUACAUGGAGAAAGAUUAUCUCCAGAGUUUAAACGAUCGCUUUGCUUCGUACAUAUCUCGCGUGCGACAAAUGCGCGAGCAAAGCGGCCGUAUGGAAACAGUAAAUCUUACAAACACGACCAAGAUUCUAGAGGAUGAGAUGGUGGCUCUGAAGGGCAUGUACGAACGUCAACUAGAGGAACUGAGGAACAGACUCGAAGAAAUGGCUCGAGAAAGAACACAGCACCAAUUGGCUGCAGCGAAGAAUUCUGCCUUAGUGGCAGAGCUUCAGGACAAAUUAGGGGAAGAGACCAGUGCCCGCCAAAAGUUAGAAAAUGCUCUAGCAGAUGCCCAGCGAGUUAUUGCAGAAAAGGAGGCACUGUUACAGGAUGCUAGAGUCACCACCACUCAACAUCAGAAUGCCCACAUGGAUACAAAACGAGAUAGAGAUGGGCUUCAAACUGCCUUGACACAAACUCAGCAAGCCCUAGAUACUGAGGUAGCAGCAAGAGCUGAUCUCCAGACUUUGGCCAAUCAGCUCAGGGAUAAACUCAACUUUCAGCAGCAGCUUCAUGAAAAGGAGCUGCACGAAAUGCGUUGUCGUCUGGAUGAUGCUGAAAGGACUAUCUUGUUGGCUGAGGAAAGAUUGCAUGAGCACAACAUUAUUGAUGAAAACUUGUCAGCUAUGUUGGCCAAAGUGAAGCUGCACAGUGAUGCAGAGUUACGAAGAUUCAAAGAAGAGGCAGAAAUCUCCUAUCACAAUGGGAUGAACCAGAUCCGAGCACAGUUGGAUAAUGAAAGCAGAAACCUUGCAGCUGCCACAGACGACAACAUCCAUUUGAAGGCUCAAGUUGAGUCUCUGCAUUCUAAGAACAUCAACCUUGAAGCUAAGUGUUCCAGUUUGGAAGCCCAAAAUGCUGGCCUUAUUCAAAACCUGGAAAUGGAGCGCCAGCAGGCUGCAAACACUAUAAAGAAUCUGGAGGCUAAGUUGCGAGAGCUGCAAGAAGUCCUAAUGGCCAAGGUGCGGGAGCUGGGGCUGGCAUACAAUGCCCAUCUACCACUUGACUUAGAACUGGACGCAUUUGCCACUUUACUGGAGGCUGAGGAGAGAAGGUUAAACCUGGCCAUGGAAAGCAAGGUACCUCUUACUCCAGUACGCUCGCGUACCUGGCAUGCCACUACAGAGAAGGUUCCUAUCCCAACUGUCAAACGACCAGCUACCACUCUGGGUAUCACACAUCCCCCUGCUGUUACAAGUACUGCAGUGAUAAGGCGUCCUGUGACACGACCCAAGACUACAGCAGGCACUUUGACUGGCACAAAAGUAAAGCCUGUAGUUCAGCCCAUAACAACUAGCAGUCCAUACCGCCACUCCUGGUCCUAUGUACCAAACUUUGUGGACUAUCACAGCCCUACUUCAAGUCAUACAGGAAAUGUCCGUAUCUUGGAGGUGAACCCCGAUGGCAACUAUGUGAGAAUCUUCAACACAUCCGGAUUCAAAGAUGAAGAGAUUGGCGGGUACAUGGUUCAACAGAAUGUAGCUGGUAGACCUGUGACAGUCUUCCGUUUUCCUCCAAGAACCCGGCUCAAGGCAUUGUCACAUGCUACUGUGUGGUCAGCUGCUAGCUUGACCAGGCACAACCCUCCAUCAGACUUCUUGUGGAAAGAGCAGCACAAGUGGGGAACUGGACCGGAAUGUACCACGAUACUUUGCAAACCAAAUGGGCAGGCUGUGGCGUGGACAACUGCGGCUUAUCCAUUUGGCGUCCCGAACCAAAUUCCCACGCGGGACACAGGACCGAUUACCCUACCAGAGACUGGGGAGCCUGCUAAGGAGAAGACAUUUCCUCGUUCUCCAAGGUCUAAAGUUCCUGACCCAUUGCCAAAAGAAACAGAAGGUAAACCUUUCUCAAAUCCCCCAACUGACCCUCUCCAUCCACACACUGUACAACCCAGGACCAAGAUUGGCGGCCAUGAUGCCAUGAGCAUGCACCCACAAGCGAGAUCACAGACUGAGAGGCCGGACCCUUCUGGGGCUAGUCGAACUGGAGGAGCUCCUCUAAGAAAGUUUACUGGGACUUCUCUACCAAAUAGCAAGAGUUCGACCUCUAAAAAUGGCCAGGGAGGGUCCAUACGAGUUCUACCUGCAACAGACUUCAGUUCACCGUCACAGCAACAUCAAGACAGACUAAGUCAAAUCAACAGUCAUCAAAGAGUGGAGUUCGCACCGCCAAUGCCAAGGCCCUACGUUAUUGCUGACACAUGAUUCACACAUUCCCAAAGGAAAAAAUGAUGGAAAGAAUAGUUUGGAGUGAAGUAAUGAUGACAUUUCGUUGUUCUCACAGGAAUUUUCGUUGCAAUAAAUUUUUCAAACUACACGAAACAAAAAUUGUAAAUAAACAGUCACUAUACAUAUAUGAAGGAGCUAAGGGCAUUGUCAUGUGAUGUGUGCACUAUUUUUCAAAGUGAUAGAUUGUUACUUAGUUAAAUGUCAACAAAGUAAGAGGAUAAGAUUCCUUGAUCCUCGUUUGUGUAGAAAGUGAUAAUUGGAAACUUUCUCUUUGCGAUGAAAGUAUGGAGCC